CCCUUUCCUCCUCCCAGUCACUUCCUGCCUUGUGACCGCGUACCCGGGUUUGACAAAGUUGUUCUGCAGAUCAGAAAGAAGGGGGUUUCUGGUCACACGCCAGUACCACUGAGGACAGUUUUUCAACAAGAUCUGUUGCCGAAAGCAAUAAAAAUGGCCAGAGGAUCAGUGUCCGAUGAAGAAAUGAUGGAGCUCAGAGAAGCUUUUGCCAAAGUUGAUACCGAUGGCAAUGGGUACAUCAGCUGCAAUGAGUUGAAUGAUUUGUUCAAGGCUGCUUGCCUGCCUCUGCCUGGGUACAAAGUGAGAGAAAUUACAGAAAACCUGAUGGCUACAGGUGAUCUGGACCAGGAUGGGAGGAUCAGCUUUGACGAGUUUAUCAAGGUUUUCCACGGCCUGAAAAGCACAGAGGUUGCCAAGACCUUUAGGAAGGCGAUCAACAAGAAGGAAGGCAUCUGUGCCAUCGGUGGUACUUCGGAGCAGUCCAGCGUCGGCACCCAGCACUCGUAUUCAGAGGAAGAGAAGUUUGCCUUUGUCAACUGGAUAAACAAAGCCCUGGAAAAUGACCCCGACUGUCGACAUGUUAUCCCAAUGAAUCCAAACACAAAUGAUCUCUUCAGUGCCGUGGGAGAUGGCAUUGUCCUUUGUAAAAUGAUCAACCUGUCAGUGCCAGACACGAUUGAUGAAAGAACAAUCAACAAAAAGAAACUCACCCCCUUCACCAUUCAGGAGAAUCUGAACCUGGCUCUGAAUUCUGCCUCAGCCAUUGGAUGCCACGUGGUUAACAUCGGGGCUGAGGACUUGAAGGAGGGGAAGCCUUACCUGGUCCUGGGACUUCUGUGGCAGGUCAUCAAGAUUGGGUUGUUUGCGGACAUCGAACUCAGCAGAAAUGAAGCUCUGAUUGCUCUUUUGAGAGAAGGGGAGAGUCUGGAAGACCUGAUGAAACUCUCCCCUGAGGAGCUCCUGCUGAGGUGGGCUAAUUACCACCUGGAAAACGCAGGCUGCAACAAAAUCAGCAACUUCAGUACAGACAUCAAGGACUCAAAAGCUUAUUACCACCUGCUUGAACAGGUGGCUCCGAAAGGAGAUGAAGAAGGUAUUCCCGCUGUUGUUAUUGACAUGUCAGGACUCAGGGAGAAGGAUGACAUCCAGAGGGCUGAAUGCAUGCUGCAGCAGGCAGAGAGGCUGGGCUGCCGGCAGUUUGUCACAGCCACAGAUGUUGUUCGAGGGAACCCCAAGUUGAACUUGGCUUUCAUCGCCAACCUCUUCAACAGAUACCCUGCCCUGCACAAACCAGAGAACCAGGACAUCGACUGGGGGGCCCUCGAAGGUGAGACAAGAGAAGAGCGGACAUUUAGGAACUGGAUGAAUUCCUUGGGCGUUAACCCUCGAGUCAACCAUUUGUACAGUGACUUAUCAGAUGCCCUGGUCAUCUUCCAGCUCUAUGAAAAGAUUAAAGUCCCUGUUGAUUGGAACAGAGUAAACAAACCACCAUACCCCAAACUGGGAGGCAACAUGAAGAAGCUUGAGAAUUGUAACUAUGCCGUGGAGCUGGGGAAGAAUCAAGCUAAGUUUUCCCUGGUUGGCAUCGGUGGACAAGAUCUCAAUGAAGGAAAUCGUACUCUAACGUUAGCCUUGAUAUGGCAGUUAAUGAGAAGGUACACCCUGAAUAUUCUUGAAGAAAUUGGAGGCGGGCAGAAGGUCAAUGAUGACAUUAUUGUCAACUGGGUGAAUGAAACAUUGAAGGAAGCGGAGAAAAGUUCAUCCAUCUCCAGUUUCAAGGACCCGAAGAUUAGCACAAGUCUACCUGUUCUGGAUCUCAUUGAUGCCAUUCAACCGGGUUCCAUUAACUAUGACCUUCUGAAGACGGAAAACCUGAAUGAUGAAGAGAAACUCAACAAUGCAAAGUAUGCCAUCUCCAUGGCCCGAAAAAUUGGAGCAAGAGUGUACGCCCUUCCAGAAGACCUGGUUGAAGUGAAUCCCAAAAUGGUCAUGACAGUGUUUGCUUGCCUCAUGGGGAAAGGCAUGAAGAGGGUGUAAGGCCCAGAGGGGAGGUGACACACACACACACACACACACACACACACACACACACUGGCUGAGCACGGGACACCUACAAGAAGCAGGGGGGCGAUUCAAGCCAUUCCAGAGUUUUCAACCCGGUGGCACGACCGACACAGGAUUCCAAAAAGUGUAUAUUUGUCCAGCCAGGUAGCCUGUCCGGUAUUUAACAAAAAUGCUUCAUUUUUUGCAAAAAAAAAAAAAAACAAACAAACAAACAAACAAACGAACGCAACCUCUUAAAAAUAUUUUUUUAUGGUUGAAUUUAUUGCCUCUGUGAAAAUUUGGAGGGGAAAAAAAACACCUUAUCUUCCAAGGCAUCCUUCAUGCUUUUGCCAUUAGUCACGUUUAGUAGCUGUGGUGUUAUUAAUUUUAACAGUACUUCCAACCGGCUUAAUUUAGCUGCCUUUUUUGUUCAAGGCGAGAACCAGGAGAGGGGGAUAUCACCAAACCAGUCCUUAAAGCCUGUUUCCGGAAGGCAACGUUUGCUCUGUUACGAGCCUCACCUUCUGUUCCCCUUCUCCUACACUCUGUCUCCUCCGGCUUUGCUCCACACUCUCUCCAAACUAUACCUUCUCUGUGGCCCACCCCUGCUGCCCGCUGUCAUGUCUGAGCCAUUUGAAGCACCUGACGAACCAGUCAGGCUGGUGGGGUCCCCAGAAUCUCGGGAGACCUGCAGAAGUAAAACGUCGUCAGAGCCUUCCCUCAGAACUAGGGUCCCAAAUGUCGUGAAGUUUUGGUUUUGUCAACCAAUAGGAAGCUUCUGCUUUUUAACUCUAGAAUUUGGGCUCGGGCCAGGUCUAACAUCUUCAAUACUGUGCCUUCAGAAAGAUUGCGAACUCCAGACAGGUGACGUCCAAGGAGGGUGUCAUUGAGCAUCCGACCACUAGGGGGAAGUGUGGAGCCAUAGCGAAGCCUCUGUCCCCCACCCACCGCGGUGCCGCCUGGGGUAUGGCUAACUAACCACUCAGUUCUGCUUUCGUUUGCUCUUAGAUCUUAGUGCAUCUGGUUGCUGCAAGGCCAUACUAUCAGUGUUUAUUUUUUUGGUACUUCAGAUGCUUUUUGCCACCCCCGGGGCUCAAGGGGCCGAUGUGUGCCAAUGAACAGUGCCACCCUCCACAGCGCUAUGUACACCUAAUGACAUUUAAAGAAUUCUGAAGCCAAACCACAGGAGCAGUGUGAAUUUGAGCAGCCCGAAUAGGUUAUAGGAUUUCCGUGAAAGCAUACUGAAGGCUAAAGAGCCACAGAGCAUUGUGAACCAACACUAGGGUCCCUCCGUCAUGGUGACAAGGCUCAUCAACGAGGUAUCUUGUAAUGGAACUUAGCCAUUUUUCAAAGCAAUUGAAACGCCUCGCCCUGCAUCUGUUCCCUGGCAGCAGGUUCGAGAAGCCAGUAUGUGGCUUCUCCCGGCCCAUAAUCUAUAUUUCUGCUGCAUCUGAACACAAAGCAGUUGGCUUUAUCUUAGACUGAAUUUAAUGUAGCCUCAGAUGAUUCUCCCCCGCCUGCCUCCUGGAAGAUUGUUACUGCCUUAAUGGAAAAUGAAGAUAAAAUAGUGACCCAGAUCUCUCCAAAUAAAGUGUUCCCUUCAUUAGA